AGUAGUAUGUAGACAGAUACUUGUAUACGAUUGGUCAUAUAUGAUAGAAUGGGAGCGCUUUGACUAGACUGUGUCCUUAAGUAGCAACGCGAUUAUCGAGCGAUACGACACUAGGGGGCGAAAUACUCGAACCAGAAGUAUAGUAUGCCUAGGGUGGUGGUAGAAUGGGGCGCGACGAUUGGUGGCACAGCCCUGACGCCGGGUCCCGUAGCGGUGGGCAUGCCUGCGGAAGAUGGAAGGCGCACGAGCCGAGUAGUUUAGUCGCCUUUAACCGGCCUUAAAGUGAAGAUCGGAUCGCCGCCGAUUACCGUGCGCGUGCACAAGAAAGAGAGAGUUAGAGCCACCGGCUUACCGUACGGAUCGCGCCGAGAAUGAAAUUCUUUCUUUGCUUGGUAAAAUACAGCAGCAGUAGUAGUAGUAGCAGCAGUCUUUCGUUGUACAACAGUCUCGAUAAUACAAGAAAACGAGUGGAACGUUUGUGGCCAAACGACAGUAGUACCGGCGGCUGCAUCGCCUGAACGAAUUUUUCUCAUCGAUAAACACAACACUACCAGUUUCCACGCGUUCCGUCUGCUACGGGCAUAACGAAGAAAAUCGACGCCGUUUUUUCUUUCAUUCUUUUUCGUCCUUUUUGUUUAUAUAUAGUUUGUCGCUCAGUGCCGCGUAAUAGUUCGGUUUCGCGAGGCUCAUCCAUCAUUCGAGACCGGGCCAAACAGAAUCUAUAGACAACGCCAUAUAGAAGAAAAAGAGGCGGGACGCGCCUAAGUUUGUUUUAUUGGUUUAGUUUCUAGCGCGAGACUCGAACUCGCGCCAAAGUGUGUUCCACAGUGGAGGAUACUAUCUCUCUUUUGGGUUACGACGCUAGGUGGCCGACAGGCGAAAUGCCGGUGCCGGUUUGGGACUGCUCUGACCUGGGCCUGUUAGGCGAGCCCCUGGACACUGCGACAGUGGUGUCCGACGACAUAUGGAAGAAGUUCGAUCUUCCGGACUUCCUCUCUAUAGAUCACAGAGUGGACACCUACUCGGAAAUGCAUUACGAUCGCACCUUCGACGAUGGCGUGUUGUCGGAUUCGCAAUACGACAAGACCUGCCUGUCUCGAGAGAUACGUCAUCACGACUGUAUGUGGGCAGGACUAUGCAUCAGUAAAGAGCACAACAGAACGUUGCCUGCGAUGAAGGACUCCCUGAUACAGAAAAAGGUGCCGGCUGGUCGAAGCGUUUUGAUAUCACGAGCAAAUACCGCCUAUAUAGGGACUUCGUUGGCAGUCAAUCAGCAACAGGCCCAGCAAAUGUGUCGCGCGAGAAAUCUGGAGAGCGACGGCGAAUCCACUAGGCCGGAAACACCACAAAGCUCCAGCUCUGAUACAGAAACAGAGGACGAAGGUCCGUUCUUUAGACACGACCAGAUCAACAUACACGAGAAAUUAUCCGAGUGUAUAUCAGUACCAGCUACCAAGGCUGUACGAGUAAGUCAGAAUAAGCGAAAGACCGGUCGACGUGGCAGAAGGAAAGAACAGGAUCAGUGUCAAAUGCAUAGAGAGACGAAUAUCAGGAAUACUCUCAGCGACCAUUGCUAUCACUUGAAUCAAUCGUUCAGCAAGAAUUUAGAACACCUUGGAGUGCAGACACCUUCCGAUUCCGAGGAGGAAGAGAUCGAUGUGGUAAGCUUCGAUAAACCGUGCAGACCAGCGGUUUUACCAACGAAUCCAAGCUUGGCCGAUCAGCAGCACUUCCAAUUAACAGUUAACACCGCGUUCAAAGAGAAACCACCAGGUUCGAGACCUCGUGGUCGACCUCCCUCGAAUCCAGCACGGAAAAGAGCUGCCCAGCCCGAGCAGAAGCCAGCGAAACGAGCUCGUCACAGGACCUGUCAGAGGAGAAACAAGGUAGGACGCACCAUGUCAUCGUCUACGUCCAUAUCAUCGUCUACGUCCAUAUUAUCUUCGCCUUCGCUGAGGUCAACCACAUCGAGAAGUUCCUCGGACGAUGAAUUAGACACUGAGAAGAGGAGAGAGCACAACAACAUGGAACGUCAAAGGCGGAUAGAGUUACGAAAUGCGUUCGAAGAGCUACGCGUUCUCGUGCCAGCUGUUGAGAAAAAGGAUAAGGCACCGAAAGUCGCGAUUCUCAGGCAAGCGUGUUUAUAUUGUGCCACGUUGGUCGAGAACGAAGAAACCAGAUUAGCUAAGGUGGCGGAAUUGAGGCGGGAACAGGAGAAGCUUCGAGCAUCGCUCAGUUAUCUAAGGAGGAGUCUCGCCAUGACGCGCUAAGGGAGAGACUCUGAUCGUGUCGGAUUUACUCCAACACGACAAAGAAAAUACCUUGCUCGCAGCGUCGUAGAAUCCAACUUUUUGAUACUCUGGUGGAUCAGUGACAAAUCUUCACUCGGCGUUUCGAAAAAGGCCACCUGCCUUGUCUGUUUGGAUCUGGAUAUCUACUUUCGGUCGCGCGACGGUCGAGGGGAAAGAAGGCACUUCAAACAGUGUGUUCAGCAGAGUCAGAAGUGCGCUGUUUGAAGAGACAUAGAACAGCCUGGUCCGAUCAUUGACGAGAGAAAAAACACUGUGUUGUGGUUCUGUGAUUCACUUGGGUGGAUAUGGGUAAACCGAAUUUUUUUAAAUCUGUUUUACCAGAAGAAGAAGCAAGUAUAUAUAUGUAUAGACUCUUGUGUAAGAACAAAGAGAAAGUUAGGCCGAAGGGAGAAUCGAAGGGUGGAUGAAGAGUGAAUGCGUAUCGAGAACGAAGAAGGAAUACCGUUCGCGUCGAAUCGGCAUCAAGUGCUGGAAGAAAUCGAAUGAACCGAUGCAAACAGCUUCGAAAAGAACAUUUAUACGUAUUAUGUAUAUUUACAGGAAAGAUACUUCGAAUGGCAAAUUACUAAAGAGAGGCGGGGAAUUGAUCAUAGAUUGCUUUGGCCAAAUUCACGAAGUUAUCUAUGAGAACGCAAAAUUAAGUUUAGCUAGUUUAGAGAGAAAACGUUAUCGACAAUAAAUCUUCAGUUUUUUGUUUU